AACUGUCAUAUGUUAGCAUUCUGUAGUAGAUUAGAAAAUGUAUGAGUAUACCAUCUCCCAACAUCGGGAUGUGUUUUCUCAUAGUACAUAUGUUUCUCAUAGUACACAGUACAGUGUCGUUGUUUCUCAUAGUACGUAGUACAGUGUGGUAGUUUCUCAUAGUACACAGUACAGUGUGGUAGUUUCUCAUAGUACGUAGUACAGUGUGGUAGGCAAAAACAUGUUUAUUAACAGGCCAAAAUAUCUAGAGUCUCUGUAAAAAUAAGAAGCCAAAAGUAUAUAAACUUGAAUUACUUAUGUUUAGUAAUUAAUGUUUAGUAUUGUAUCUUAUUUAUAAAUGAUCUAGAUAUUUAAUGGAAAUAUUUUACUUAGCUUAACUUUAAGGUUAAAAAUUACCAAAAGUAUUUUGGAAACUACUAUUAGGCAGAUUUACUGUAAAAAACUUAUUAUUGAAAUAAUGUUUUUCACUUUUCACAAGAUGGUACCAAAAGUGAAGAAGGAAGCUCCUGCCCCUCCUAAAGCUGAAGCCAAAGCAAAGGCUUUAAAGGCCAAGAAGGCAGUGUUGAAAUGUGUCCACAGCCCCCCAGAAAAGAAGAUCUGCACCUCACCCACCUUCCAGUGUCCCAAGACACUGCGACUCCGGAGGCAGCCCAGAUAUCCUGGGAAGAGCGCCCCCCGGAGAAAGAAGCUUGACCACCAUGCUAUCAUCAAGUUUCCACUGACCACUGAGUCGGCCAUAGAGAAGAUAGAAGACAACAACACGCUUGUGUUCACUGUCGAUGUUAAAGCCAACAAGCACCGGAUCAAACAGACUGUGAAGAAGCUCUGGGACGUGGAUGUGGCCACAGUCAACAUCCUGAUUCGGCCUGAUGGAGAGAAGAAGGCAUAUGUUCGACUGGCUCCUGAUUACGAUGCUUUGGAUGUUGCCAACAAACUUGGAAUCAUCUAAACUGAGUCUAGCUGGCUGAUUCUACAUAGAUGUAUAUCUUUUCACCAUAAAAAAGAGGAAAUAAUGUUUUUCAUAAGAAUGACGACUUAAAAUCUUAAAACUUAUAGAUUUGAUUCUAAUUAUCUAGUAAGUAUAAUAUUAGCUUCUUGUAAGCACUCAAGCAGAAUAGAAAUUUGUUUGUUGGCCGGGCAUGGUGGCUCACACCUGUAAUCCCAGCAUUUUGGGAGAACGAGGUGGGCGGAUCAUGAGGUCAGGAG